CGACAUUACUUUUUUCCCAUAGUAAUUUCCACUGUCUCCACUCUUCUCCCAAAACCUCCCAAAAAAAAAAAAAAAGAUCCCAAUGGGCAAAACAAUUAAGUGGUUGAAAGGUUUGUUUGGGAUAAGGGAAAAAAUUCAAGAAAAGGGAAAAGUUGGCACUACAUGUUUUGGUCAUUCCGGUAGAGACACGGCGGUGGGUGCCGUGGCCACCGGAUCGGGUCGUUUGUGUAACGACCCAACCACUAUUCCGCCGAAUAUUACUCCGGCGGAAGCAGCAUGGCUGAGCUCUUUCUACGGCGACGAAACCGAGAAAGAGCAAAGCAAGCAUGCAAUUGCGGUGGCUGCUGCCACCGCAGCUGCAGCUGAUGCUGCUGUGGCCGCCGCACAGGCGGCCGCGGCAGUGGUGAAGUUGACUAGUAAAGGAAGAGGUGGUACUGCCGUGUUUGGCCGUGAGAAAUUUGCUGCUGCCACUAAAAUUCAGACUGUUUUUCGUGGAUAUUUGGCAAGAAAGGCAUUGAGGGCACUAAAAGGAUUAGUGAAAUUACAAGCAUUAGUUAGGGGUUAUUUGGUAAGAAAGCAAACUACUGCUACACUUCAUAGCAUGCAAGCAUUAAUGAGAGCACAAGCAAGUUUUCGUGCCAAAAAAACUAAAGGAGGUUUCUUCAUUAAUGAUCAAAAUUUUCAUCCUCAAUAUCAAUCCAGGAAAUCACUUGAAAAGUUUGAAGAAUCAAGAAGUGGAAGUACAAUGCAAAUGCAUAGUAGAAGGCUAUCUUCAUCAUUUGAGGCUAACAACAUAAGUGAAGAAAGUGCAAAAAUUGUGGAAAUGGAUACUGCCCGACCCAAAUCAAGAUCCAGAAGAACAAACACUUGGGCUUCUGAUUCAUGUGAUGAUGAUCCAUUUGAGCCAGUUCUGCCGUCAUGGGCAUUAGAUUGGGCCCAACAAUCAACAGCCCAAAGUACACCAAGGUUUGCAAAUUCUUGUGAAUCCAACACCACCCCAAUUACACCAGGAGCCAAAAGUGUUUGUGUUGAAAGCCAUUAUUUUAGGAAUAAUUAUUAUGACAAUAAUUAUCCUAAUUACAUGGCUAAAACAAAAUCAUUUAAGGCUAAAUUAAGAUCCCAUAGUGCUCCAAAACAAAGGCCAGAGCCAAUACCUAAGGUGAAAAAAAUGUCAUUAAAUGAAAUGAUGGAGUCAAGGGCUUCAUUAAGUGGUGUUAGAAUGCAAAGGUCAUGUUCAGUAGCACAAGAAAAAAUCAAUUUCAAGAAUGCUGUUAUGGGCAAAAUUGGAAAUUCAAUAGAGUUCACAAGAGUACAGGAAGAAGAAAGGGACUACUCAAAAUGGUGAAAGUUUCAAGAAAAAAAAUUCCAAGUAGAGCUAGAGGCUAUAUAACUGUUUUCUUUUUUGAAGCUAGACAUAGAAUAGAUAUAGGACAAAAGGGAAUAUUUUGUGCAAAGUUACAGGGCAUGAUGUGACUUAAGAUUGCAUUGAGCAAGUUUUCGAGGUUGAUUUCAGUGCUAGUCAGUGUAAUUAAUACUAACAAGCUUGUUUUAUUAGUAUUGAUUGAUGGCGUAAAUAAUUAAUCACUUAUAUUCACCUA